ACAAAACUUGCUUAUGCAAUUAUUUAUAAAGAUUUGCAAAAGUUUAAAAAAAAAUGAUAACAAAAGUAGAAUUACAAACAGCGCACAAUAUUAAUUGAACUUAACAAUAACAACCAAUAGCAUUUAACAUGGACUAUAUGAAUAACGAACGCACAUACGCAUUGAAAACAAAGUUUCUACUAAAGUAAAAAAAAAAAAUAAAAAAAGGAAAUGCAAAAAAUAUGUUUAUACGUGAAAUGAAAUAAAAAAAUGAGGUUUCGUUCAAAGGCAAAUCUCGAAAAUGAAAGUCGGUAACCACUGCAAGUCGAGGACAUCCCAGAGAUAGUUGUUUUCCAACCUCUUUUUGUUCUCUUUUGGAAAAAUUUGGGAAAAAUGCAAUAAUAAAAAAGCUAUUGCGAAACUGUUAUAGGGGAACAAUUUCAAAAUAAACAAAGAACAAGAAUUAAGAAUUAAGCGGCAAACAAAUUGGUUUUAAUAAACUUAAAGAAGAAUCAUCAAAGAAAACAGGAGCAAACUCAAUACAACCAGUUAUGCGGAUUGCUACUUGCUUGACUGAGACGACGACAACAGCUAUAACGACGGCGACGGUUAUACCAACAAUGAAGAUAGUAAAAAAUGUAAAGACUACCAGUUGCUGUGUGCCACUAAAAACAGCAACAGCAACACCCACAUUAGUAUCGACACUUUUAUCAACAAUAAUACAAACCUCUACACCAGCAGCUUUAACAACAAAAACAUCGGUAUUAUAUAGAAAAUCACUGUCAAUGUCACUAGCACUGGUCGCAUCUUCAACAACAAUCGCAAUGACUGCAAUAACAAGAACAACAACAAUUACAAGCAGCACAUGUCGUGGCUUACAACAUUUACAGUUAUGGUGGCAUAUAGUAGCCUCUUCGUUACUGUUAAUGACUAUUUUUAUGCCACCCGCAGUUCCUGUGCAAGCUUCCACCCUAGAUAUCUAUAAGAAUGCACGGCUCGGUCAUCGCAUUGUACAGACACGCUAUGGCCGUUUACACGGUUUAAUAUUACCAUUGGAUAGUUAUCGUUUCUUACGUUCUGUAGAGGUGUUCCUAGGAGUACCAUACGCAACGCCACCCACCAAACAAAAUAGAUUUAGUCCUACUCGUGCACCUGCGCCUUGGGAUGGUAUACGUAUCUCAGAUAAAUACAGUCCUGUGUGUCCGCAACGCUUGCCAAAUAUACGUAACGAAACCGCAGCGUUAGAGAAAAUGCCAAAAGGCCGUUUGGAGUAUUUAAAAAGACUUCUGCCAUUCCUGGAAAGUCAAUCCGAAGACUGUCUUUAUUUGAAUAUUUUCUCACCAAUGAAUGCUGGUGCCAGCGAAAAGAAAUUACCUGUAAUUGUAUUUGUACACGGCGAGUCAUUCGAAUGGAGUAGCGGUAAUCCUUACGAUGGCAGUGUAUUAGCCAGCUACGGCGAAGUGGUUGUAGUAACACUUAAUUACCGUUUAGGAAUUCUAGGUUUCCUCAAUGCCAAUCCUAGUCCAUUGGUACAUGCUCGUGUGGCCAACUACGGCCUAAUGGAUCAAAUUGCUGCUUUACAUUGGAUACAACAAAAUAUACAAAAAUUUGGUGGUGAUCCUAAUCUGGUGACGCUGGCUGGUCAUGGUACAGGCGCCGCUUGUAUAAGUUAUUUAAUGGCAUCGCCCACAAUGGUUAGAGGUCUUUUUCAACGUACAAUUUUAAUGUCUGGUUCGGCUUAUUCGUCGUGGUCUUUAGUUGAAGAUCCCGUCAUGUUUGCUAUUAAACUAGCCAGAGAAGUCAAUUGUUCGAUACCAGAAAAUGUUGACAAACAUCAUGAACAGAUUGUGGAUUGUUUGCGCGAAACACCAUUAGAAGAAUUAUAUGGCGCUGACAUACAAGCACCCACAUUUCUAAGCUCAUUUGGUCCAUCGGUGGAUGGUGUGGUCAUACGGUCCGGACAUUCUAAUCUUGAUAUUGAUGACUUAAUCGCACGCAAUUUUAAACGCUCUUCACCGACGGAUAGCGGUAGCAGUUCCUCUGGCAGCGGUAACAGUAAUUUGGGUAGUAAUUAUUUUGGUGGUGGCGGUGGUAGUGGUAGUGGUUCAGCUUACACCAAUGGUGGUGGUUUUAUUACCGGCCCUCAUUUUGAUGUGCUAUUCGGCGUGGUUACCGGCGAAUCGAUAUGGCGUUUUAGUGCCCAUGAUAUACAGAAUGGUUUCGAAGGGGAACGUCGUGAUAAAAUUAUACGCACAUACGUACGCAACGCUUACAAUUAUCAUUUAAAUGAAAUUUUUUACACGAUUGUCAAUGAAUAUACUGAUUGGGAUCGUGCAUCUCAACAUCCGAUCAAUACCCGAGAUACUGCCGUGGCAGCUCUUUCCGACGCUCAAUUCGUUGCUCCCAUUGUACGUACCGCUGAUAUAUUUGCUAUUAACUCGCCACCGCCUAUUUCAUCGGCUGGUGGAAUUGGUAAUUUGGGUAACUCUGGUGGUAUCAUCUCAGCUUCUACGCAAUAUACAACACAAUCAGGACGUUGUUAUUUUUAUGUCUUCGAUUAUCAGACGAAAGAUGGCGACUAUCCACAACGUAUGGGCACAGUGCAUGGAGAAGAUUUACCCUACAUAUUUGGAGCACCUCUCGUAGACGGUUUCAGUCAUUUUCCUCAAAAUUAUACGAAAUCCGAGAUAGCACUCUCCGAAGCGGUCAUUACUUUUUGGACCAACUUUGCCCGAACCGGAAAUCCAAAUGAACAUCAUCGCCAAGACUCUAUACUGCCAGCUUCUAAAGAACGUAAUCGCUUUCGCAGUAUAAUAUGGGAAAACUAUGAUCCAUUACAUCAGAAAUAUCUGGAAAUAGGUAUGAAACCACGGAUUAAAAAUCAUUAUCGCGCACAUCAGUUAUCGAUUUGGUUGCGUUUAAUACCAGAACUGCAUCGUGCCGGUAUGGAAGAUGUAAUAGCACGUCACAAUUUAUUCCGCAAUCACGAUGAUAUGAGUUUGUAUGAAGGACCAGUCAAACCGGAUCCAUUCAGCUCGCAACGUCUGCUACUUAUUGAUGAAGCUCUAAUGAAAAAAGCACGCACUAAUGCCAGCGGCUAUAUGACUGGCAUAUUGGGUGUGACAACUAUGGAUCCCAACCUAUACACUACUUGCAUACCGGUAGGUAAUGCCAACUACACUACGGGUGGUGUUUAUGCACCGACAACGAUGGCAAACGCUACUACUGAUACUUUGGCCUCAGGUUUUGAAGCUGCGGGCUAUGCAGCUUAUUCAACGGCCCUCAGCGUGACCAUAGCAAUUGGUUGUAGUCUACUGAUAUUGAACGUGCUCAUCUUUGCCGGUGUCUACUAUCAACGAGAUAAAACUCGUCUCGAAGUUAAAACAUUACAAAAACAAUAUCAACAACGCGGCAUGCAUCAAGCAGUGCCCUCAUAUCCACCCGAUCCCAUUAAGCAUGCUCAUUAUCAUAUGGGUCACUCGCAGAGUGCUAAUGUUAUUGUAGACGUUGAAAAUCAUGGUGAUCAGGGAACUAUACUGUUAACGGCCAGCGGUGAUGUCAAACCACCACCACCGCAUAUGUGCACUAAUGCUGCCAUGCAAUUAACUCAGCAGCAACAGCAGCAUCAGCAACAACAACAGCAGCAACAACAAAUGGUCGCUAAUAGUUCGUUAACAAAUCCAAAUCUUAGUAGUCCGAAUAUUUGCGGCACAAAACCAGCAAACACCUUAAAUCCCGUGGAUGUUGGCUCAGCCAGUGGUAUACUGGGCUCUGGUAGCCUUAGUAAUGUAACUUACAGUACUACCACGAAACAGCAACAACAACAACAGCAGCAACAACAACAGCAACAACAAUCGUUACAACAACGUGAACAUUUACAAAUUAAGAGCAUGAACAGUGGCAGUAGCAAUAGUUCGCUGAUAGCUAGUGGUACCCAAACAUUUGGACGAAAUGCAACCACCGCCAUCACUUCUUUAGCUGCCAGCAAUAGCAAUUCCCCCUCCGCCAAUGUCAAUUAUAAUUCUGGUCUGGGUAAUAGUAACAGCGUUGCUGUUGGUAGUGGCGGUGUAGCUGUUGGUAUAAUGACUCUACCGAAAGCGGGAAGCGCAUUACAUCAUACAAAUUCUGUAAAUUAUGGACGCAAUCCUGGAGGGAAUUUAGCGAAUAGUAGUAUUAGUGCUGCUCUACUAGAAAGCCGUAACAAUAUGCUGCUGAUGAAUAGCAAUGGUAGUGUUAUUGGUGGUGGUAUUACCACCAGCGACGACAUGCACAAUACUACUGGAGAUUGCAUGACUUUACCAAGAAAUUUAUCAAUGUCAUCACGUCAUAAUUUAUCUUCAGAAUCGCAACAUUUUCAGCAUCAAAUACAAAAUAAAAGUCAACCCAAUGGUGGUGUUUUAACUGGUUUGGGUACAGUAUCUCAUCAUAUAAGAGCGCCACGACCACCGGUUAGAAAUGCUUCCUCCACAUCAACGGGUUGUGGUUCGGGCGGUGGCGGUGGAGGCAUUAAUAGUGGCGUUAGCAAUUUAAUUGAUCAAACGCCUUCAAAUGGCAGCAGUAGCAGUGGUGUCAGCAGCACACCAUCUUCGAAAGGUCACUCGCAUCAGCAUCUCGGCCAUAUGCAUACACAUGCUGGCAAUAGUAUGGACAGCAUUGGUUUAACAACAUCGGCGACAGCAGCAACAUCAUCUGCGACGACCGGUGGCAUACAUCUUCUGCAACAACAGGUGCCUCAAGCGGCCAUUGAUGAAAUGCGCGUCUGAUAGGUAUCGGUGUUCGAACUAGAUUUAUAGUCGCCCAGAUUUUUUGAAAAACUAUCUCCAAUACAACCACCACAAUCAUCAUCAUCAUCAUUGUUAUCGCCACCAACUUUACCGGUAGAU